AUGUCUGACAUGGAUCUUGAACACUCAGGCUUGCAAGAGGUCGCGAAUGCUAUGCGCGGCGACGAUGGCUCUCAGAAGCGAAAGCGCGAUUCGGAAUCAGCUGAUGACACGCGACGAGGUGGUAACAAGCGCAUCUCACCCAACAACAAGGAUCAGCAGGACGUUGAGGCCCUCCAAGAUUAUAACCUUCACCAAGGAGGACAUCUUGAUCACAACGGCGAGCAUGCAUCUACUGCUGCCGCUGCUCUUGCCGGUAUCUACCCUACUAUGACAGUUCCCCAACCAACCGACGUCUCAUUCGCUACUCAAGGUUCCGACGGCGAUCGCAACGAUUCCUUCAUGGACAACAGUCAACAAGACUCGAUGGUGUAUGGGGAGAGCAAUGUCCACUCUGGCAGAGUGAGCAAGCCUGCAGUUGGCUCUGACGAGUGGCACAAGGUCCGCAAGGAUAACCACAAAGAGGUUGAACGUCGUCGCAGAGAGACCAUCAAUGAGGGCAUCAACGAAUUGGCCAAGAUCGUCCCGGGCUGUGAGAAGAACAAAGGAUCAAUCCUCCAGCGUGCUGUCCAAUUCAUUACACAAUUGAAGGAGAACGAAACCCAGAACAUUGAAAAGUGGACUCUGGAGAAGCUCCUUACCGAACAAGCUAUUGCUGAGCUCAGCGCCAGCAAUGAUAAAUUGAAGGCAGAGUGCGAGCGAGCAUGGCGCGAGGUUGAAACCUGGAAGAAGACUUGCCAGAGUGCUGGUUUGGCUCCUAAGAAAGAAGACGGUAUGGGUGGAGACAACUAG